CAACUGAUGUGCUGGUGUCCGAACAAUUCCUGCCCUGGAGGAGGGUGUGCAGCCUUCUUUAUUCCCCCUUAACAGACGUCCUUGAGCCCUUGAGACGGAUGUGAGCGAGUGUUUUAGUCCUCAUGCAAAACAACCAUCUAAACAUAACAGAUGACAUCAGCUCGGGCUUUUCAAUUCCUGGAUGGCAGCAGCGUGUUAAUCCAGCCUUCAUCCUGGAUUUCAUAAACUAAAACAAGAGAGCCUGGCAGGAGGACAGCGCUGCUGCUGGGUUGAGGAAAUUGAUGACGGGAAAGCAUGCGGGCAACCCAGUGUAUAAAACUCAUAAACGUGUAGGCAGAGGCUCAGCUACCACUUUGGACGGCUUCUUCCCGCCAGCAGAGACCCCGCCGCGGGAAGCGGAGCCCGAGCCGCCGCGGGAAACAUGAAGAGCCUCCUGCUGCUGGCCACGCUCCUGGUCCCCGCGCACCUGGCGGCGGCCUGGAGCACCAAGUACGCGGUCGAUUGCCCGGAGCGUUGUGACACUAACGAGUGCAAAAGCAGCCUGCGCUGUAAGAGGACGGUGCUGGACGACUGUGGCUGCUGCCGGGUGUGCGCCGCUGGGCUGGGAGAAACUUGCUACCGCACGGUCUCAGGCAUGGAUGGCGUGAAGUGUGGCCCCGGGCUGAGGUGUCAGUUUUACAGUGAGGAGGAUGAUUUUGGUGACGAGUUUGGUAUCUGCAAAGACUGCCCGUAUGGCACCUUCGGGAUGGAAUGCAAACAGACCUGCAGCUGUCAGUCGGGCAUAUGUGACAGGGUGACCGGCAAAUGUCUGAAGUUUCCCUUCCAAUAUUCAGUAGCCAAGGCUGCCAACCAGAGAUUUGUUUCUCACACAGAGCACGACAUGGCAUCUGGAGAUGGCAAUGCUGUGAGAGAAGAACUCGUGAAGGAGAAUGCUGCCCGGUCUCCUGUAAUGAAGUGGUUAAAUCCACGCUGAUCCUGGGUGGGAUUUCCAAGAGAAGACUCUAUUUUAAUGAUCGUUCAACACACAGCCAACACUUUAGGAAUUGUCUGUAUUAUAGCAUAUGGACAUGUAACUUUUGGAGACUAAGUGUGAUUCAGGGUGGGUCUAGAAAAAAAAAAGUAGGCUACUAACAAUCCAUAAAAUGCAUAUGACUGGAGACUUCUAGAUAUUUGUUAAAUAUUUGAAUGCAUAUAGAUUUGUUUAAUAUGUGUUUAUAGUAAUAGUGAAGAACUAAAAAUGCAACUUAGAUAAUCUUAACCUGGAGGGAGAUCAGCCAAAGAGAAAGCUAGCCAAACCUGAAGACCACAGUGAGUCCACGGUUCUUGACUUGAUGUACAUUAAUGUUGGGAUAUGGGCUGGAGGAAGAGUUAGAAGCAAGAGAAGGUGGCGCUGGGGGUGGGAGAGUAUGACAUUUAGAUAUUCCUUGUGGUAGCCUCAGUAGAAUUUAAUUGUGCUUUUUUUUCACUUUGGGAAAAGUGAAAACAAAACAGUCCCUGAAGGAAGUGGGAUGUUUGAAGCUUGCGGGAGUUUGAGUAGUAGCCUUGAAUUGAAGCAGGUUUCAAAGGGCUGCUAAUGUAGUUCCCAGUUUACCGCAUCUGAAGGAUGGUUCUGGGGCACAGGGCAAACACACACUUCCAUAAAUGGUUUUAAAGAAUGCCACCUCAGAUUGAGAGAGCAAGGAAGUAUUUUGCUCACUUGGGGGAAGUGUGAAGGUAAAUAUUUAUAUAUUUUUGUAAACAGUUGUUAGCACAAGUCAUCCUCCAUAACCAUAUUUAUCACCCUCUUGAGAAAAUAAACAUAAUGUUGUUGUUUAAAAUAGUUAGAAUAAAGGUAUAACUCUAUAAGGUUUUCAAACACCCAAGGCAUGGUAAAUUUAUUAUUAAUAAUUAUAGUAAUAUUAACAGUAAAAAGUAUAUGAGAAACCUAGAAAAAUUUAGUCACUAUGGAUUUAUAAAAUGUCAAAAACAUGAGCAACAGAGGGAAUUUAUUUAAAAGUAAGUGCAGUGACAUAGAUGAGUUUUAAAUUCAAAGUAGAAAAAGCUUUUUAGGAGGUUUGGAUGAGAGUCAAUUUCAGCAGGAAAUGUCAACUUUAAAAUAUAUUUCAUAUUAAUGUAUUUUUUUCUUUAAACUUGGUUAAUAAGUGGAAUUAUGAGUACACUUGGAAGGAUCUUAGCACAAGCAAGACUGUUGUACUAGAUGUUGUUAGGAAAUAUUUGCAGAAGUAUUUUAUUUGGAGUGAAGAAUUAUUUAAGAAUUAUUUCACUAUUUACCUGUAUUUUAUUCUCAAAGAUUGCCAACAGAGUUGUGAAUGUGUGUGUGGCAGGGUCUUUGAAUGCAAGCUGAAUAAGCUGUUAGGAUUUAUUUUAAAAGGACAAGUUUAUUAUUGAUGAAUAAAACAAACAAGACAGCC